ACGCCUUUAAGGACACCGGAAACGCAACAUUGAGGAAGAACUAUCGACGAAUUCGGACUUCAAAGUUUUUUUCAUACUUUACCGCAAGACUACGGUCCUUGAAUUUUUUUUUGGAACAAUGUCCGGCUCGUCCAAUAUCAUAGCGAUGAAGAAAGUCGUCCAACAGCUCCGGCUGGAAGCGAGCAUAAACAGAGUAAAGGUGUCCCAGGCCGCGGCUGACCUGCAGCAGUUUUGCCUUCAAAACGCCCAUCAGGACCCCUUGCUCACCGGCAUGUCGUCCAGCACCAACCCGUUCAGACCACAGAAAGUCUGCUCCUUCCUAUAGCCGCCAGCAGCCUCUCUCCAGCACCUCUCUGCCUGUGUUUCUGACUUUGUGGUGCCUUGUGGUACAGGCGUGCAGGAGCAGCACCAUGGAGUGGAAAUCAUCUGAGUGUCAGGGAAUUUGGGGACUGCCAACUAACUUUAUUUUUUAUUUUAUUUUAUUUUUUACCUUUACCUUGUUAACAUCUCAUAAGGAAACAUGUUCAGGUGCUUGAGACACAAAUGUCUUAAUAUACUUGCUUAAAAGGAACUAACAUGCUCUCACACACACUCACACACUCUUGUGCCUUUAUAAAUUGUUAAAUUUUCAUGUCUGACUUUAAGAAUAAAUGAAGCUAUUUCAA